AUGGCUGCGCAAUCCAAACUCAAUUUCCUCCCACCCGAUCGAACGAUCAAGAGUAUAAUAUCGGAUCUCACAUCAUUAUACCUCAAGAAUCGGACAAAGAUUUCUCGGACGGUCUAUUUGACAUUAUUCUUCGCUCUCCUUAAUCGGAUUCGUUCUGCCAUUUCCGAACAAAAGGCUGCAGCUAUUCGUCAUGCGGAAUCACGAAGAAGAGGUCCAGUCGCACUCGGCAAUGGCGCGCAAGGAGCCGGAAGAAAAAAGGUCGAGUUGAAUAGGGAGUUCUUCAAGAACCUGAUUCGGCUUUUGAGAAUAUGUAUACCUGGAUGGAGGAGCAAGGAAAUGCGAUUGCUUGUCAGUCACAGUAUCUUCCUUGUCAUUAGAACUUUGAUCAGUCUGAAAGUUGCUGCCAUGGAUGGCGCCCUUGUUUCAAGUCUAGUAAGAGGGAAAGGGAAGGACUUUUUGAUUGGAAUUGUUUGGUGGAUGAUAAUCGCGGUUCCCGCAACAUUCACGAAUUCUAUGCUAUCAUAUCAUCAAUGCAAGCUUGCCCUUCAGUAUCGUACACGAUUGACAGAUUAUAUUCACGAUAGAUAUUUAUCCAACAUGACAUUUUACUCACUUUCCGCUCUCGACGAUCGAAUAAAGAAUGCAGAUCAGUUGAUAACUGUGGAUGUAUCAAAAUUUGCGAAUAGUUUGGCGGAGUUAUAUGGAAAUCUUGCAAAACCAGCAUUAGAUAUGGCAAUAUACAACUAUUCUCUUUCCAAGAGUGUCGGUGGCGAAGGGCUUCUUUUCAUGUCGUUACUGGUACAACUUUCAGCAAAUGUCAUGCGAGCAUUGACGCCACCUUUUGGUAAAUUUGUGGCAGAUGAAGCAAGACUAGAGGGAGAAUUUCGAUUUCAGCAUUCAAGAUUGAUAGAUUACAGUGAAGAGAUUGCAUUGUAUAAUGGGCAUGAAGCGGAAAAAGACACUUUGGAUAAAGGUUAUUUUACACUGAUCAAACAUGUAAACUACAUACUAAGACGAAGAUUCACGCAUGGAAUAAUGGAGGAUUUCGUCAUCAAAUACGUAUGGGGAGCUUUGGGGCUUAUUCUUUGUAGUGUUCCAGUAUUCUUCAAGAUACCAGGUGCAACUGCAGCAACUAUGGGUGACCGAACGGAAAGUUUUGUAACCAAUCGAAGGUUACUGCUAUCCAGUUCUGAUGCUUUUGGUAGAGUAAUGUUCUCUUACAAAGAGGUUACUGAAUUGGCUGGAUACACUUCACGAGUUGCAACUCUUUUGGAGGUUAUGGAUGAUAUCAAAGCUGGACGAUUUGACAAAACUCUAGUAUCUGACGAUGAUUCUGGAGAACAGUUAGAGUUGAUGAGAGGUAGAGGUACUGUCAUUGAGAGCGAAGAUAUUGAAUUCGUUGAUGUGCCAAUUAUCACUCCCGGUGGAAGUAUUCUCGUACGAAAACUAUCUUUCUCCAUGAAACGUGGUGAUCACGUUCUAGUAGUUGGACCAAAUGGAUGUGGUAAAUCAUCCUUAUUCAGGAUUCUCGGAGGGUUAUGGCCAGUUUAUGGCGGUACCGUUCGCAAACCACCUCUUUCCCAAGUUUUCUACGUGCCUCAACGACCCUACCUUAGCGCUGGAUCCCUCCGUCAACAAAUCAUCUAUCCCGACUCUCUCCGUACUAUGCGAAGCAAAGGCAUAACUGAUGCUGACCUCCUUUCCAUCCUCUCAAUCCUCGAUCUCGAUCACCUCGUGACAGCUUUCCCUAAUGGCUGGGACGCCGAAGCUGAAUGGCGCGAUGUCCUCUCAGGUGGCCUUCAACAACGCGUAGCUAUGGCUCGUCUCUUCUACAAUCGGCCCAAGUAUGCUAUCCUGGAUGAAUGCACUAGUAGCGUUACUCUAGAGAUGGAAAAAAUAAUGUAUGAACAUGCGAAAGCAUUAGACAUCACUUUGAUGACAGUAAGUCAUCGUAGAAGUUUGUGGAAAUACCAUAGUAAGAUAUUACAAUUUGACGGACAGGGGAAAUAUAUCUUUACCAAAUUGGAUGCGGAAAAGAGAUUGAAAUUGGAAGAUGAAAAAGAGGAGUUGGAGGCGCAUCUGAGAGCUAUGCCGGAGGUCAAGAGGAGGUAUGAGGAAUUGAUGUUGGGAAGGGGUGAAUGA